AGAAAGAACCGUGGGAGACUCGGCGACGACAAGGGGAUAGAGAGGAAGCGACGGAGGGGCGAUGGGGGAGGAGACGAGCGUACCCCUCGACUCCAACCUAACGUCGUCUUCUUCCGCUCGAUUCUUCGGCCUCUUGAAUCAGCCCGAUUCCGACCCCUACCCUAACCUCGAGUUCGAUGAGAGCGACGUUGUCUGGUCCUCCUCCUUCUCCUCCGCCUCCGAACUCUCCUCCGGCUCCUCCUCCCCCUCUGCCGCCGGCCUACCUUCCUACUCGCCGUCCGAAAGCUACCGCCACCGACGGUCCGAAACCAGGUCCUUCGUGCCGGAAAGGUCUGGCCUUUCGGCGGCGCUAGCGGAGGACAGCCUGCCCCUCGUGCGGCAGAGGCGGCGGGCGGCGGCGGCGGCUCGUGGGAGCGUGUCAGUUCCGGUGCCGGCUGGGAGAGCGGGCGCAGAGGAGGCCGGGGGAGGGAUGGGGAUGGGGAUGGGGAAGGGUUUCCACCAGUCGGCACCGGUGAACGUUCCGGCAUGGCCGAGCUGGAGGAGGGGGAGGAGGGUGGAAGCGGAGGACGGGGAAGAGGAAAGAGGGGAAGAGGAGGAGGAGGAGGAGGAGAUGGUGCCGCCGCACGUGAUCGUGGCGAGGUCGCACGUGAUGACGUUCUCGGUGUUCGAGGGCGUUGGGCGGACCCUCAAAGGGAGGGAUCUCCGGCGGGUGCGGAACGCCGUCUUACAGAAGACCGGCUUCCUCUGAGGAUCGUUAUGUUCUCUCUUCCCUCCUCUCUCUUGUACUCGCUUCUUUUUUUUUUUUUUUCCUUUUUUUGCCUUCUUUCUUCCUGAUUGGUGUGGGCUUUGUUGUUAUUGUAUUUUUAGAUGUCUUGCUCUUUUGGUAGAUCGGAAUGAAGCAAGAUUUCUACUUUGCUAUGUAAUCAUCAUUUAGUUUUAUUAUCCAUUGGAUAUUGUAUGUAAUCAUGGUUUAGUUUAGAAUCAAAAAGGUGCAGGUUGUCUUUGUUUUAGUCAUUUUAAUACGUUUUGUUAUACCUGUUUGGUAUUGUUUUUGUUUUCAAAAAUUAAAUAAGAAAGUUGAACUGGACUGAACA